UACAACAAAAAGAAUCUAGCAAUUAUAGAUGGAUGCCAACAAUGAGAAUCAGGAACAUGCUUCUGUUUGUUCUUUUAAUCCUAUGAUGUUGUCUACUGAUCAUGUUUACCUUGCAGUGUUAAAUGCUGCUAUUGAGCUGAACUUGUUUGAGAUUAUUGGUAAGGGAAGCCCUAAGGGCAUGUCUGCCUCCGAAAUCGCUUCCAAGCUAGGGACUCCACACGCCGGCAUGGCUCAUCGGCUAGACCGAAUGUUGUUUUUGCUUUCUAAUUACUCUUUCUUGACUUGUUCUUCCAACAAACUUGAUCAACAUGGUAAGAUUGAGAGGCUUUAUGGUCUAUCUCCUGGUGGUAAAUACUUAAUCACCAAUGAAGAUGAAACUUCUUACGUUAGACUCUUCAAAUUAUGUAAUCAUCCCACUUUCAUAAAGAUUUGGCAAAACUUCAAGCAAGUGAUUCUUGAUGAGGAAGAGGACCUUUUCAAGACAGUUAAUGAGAUGUCUAUUUACGAAUAUAUGGAAAUGGAUCCAACGUUCAAAACUACUUUUCAUGGGGCAAUGGCUGAUUUAUCGAUCAUACAGAUGAAGGAUGUACUUGAGACAUAUAAAGGAUUUGAGGGAAUAUCAACACUUGUUGAUAUGGGUGGUGCCAUUGGCCAAAGUCUUAGAAUGAUCGUCUCCAAGUAUCCUUCAAUUCAGGGCAUUAACUUUGACUUACCAUCCGUCGUACAACAUGGCCUAUCCCAUCCAGGAAUAAAGCAUGUUGGAGGAGAUAUGUUCAAAAGCGUUCCACAAGGUGAUGCUAUAAUGAUGAAGUUUAUAACUGAUAACUGGGCAGAUGAAAACUGCAUACAGAUUUUAACAAACUGCCAUAGAUCUCUCAAAAACGAAGGCAAGCUUAUUAUUAUUGACCUGAUAAUGCCAGAAAUACCAAAUGGAAGCGAUGAGCAUAAAUAUGUUUCAGUUCUUGACAAUCUCAUGUUCUUGCAAGCUGGUGGAAAGGAACGAACUGAGAAAGAAUUCGAAGCUCUUUGUAGAGCUAGUGGCUUUUCCAGCUACAAAAUUGCAGCUCGUGUUCCUUCCGCAGCUUUAGGAGUCAUUGAGUUUUACAAAUAA